GAGAAAGUGUCGUGUCGUUUCGCGCCAUUCCCGUAUUAAAAACGUCAGUCGUACCGCGAAAAUUACAGAUAAAAAAAAGAGUUUUUUUUUUCUUUUGUAGUGUUGUGUUUUAAUGGUGAUAAGUGAUUAUGUUUACUGCCGAUAAAGCUAUAACUAAUAAAGAUCUUUGCUGACGUUCGACAACCUGGAAAUCGCAGUGAAUAACGGUUCUAUUUCCAAUCGAAUCAGUUCUAUAUUUAAAAAGUGCAUCGACGAACGGAACAAACGAGUUUAUUAAAAAGAAGGUUUCAUAAAAAGUUAAUCUUUUAAUCAAAAAUCGACUGUUAAUUUAAAUAACGGACUGCAGGAAUUUAUUCAUUUUUGGUUCGGAAUUUAUGAUGGAUUCGAAUUUCAAAUUUUCGAAUUAGUGAUUGAUGUGAUUGUGAUCACUUGUGGUUUAUUGUGCGGGAGUGCAAGUGCUGUGCUGUGCUGUUUGUUUUUGUAUGAUGUGUGCCGAGUAUGGGUGAUACUCAGCACAAGACCUGCGUGAGGGUGAACUCCGCGGACGACGAGUCACGCGACGAAGUCGACCAUGAACUGCCAAAGAAGAACCCUUUUGUUCGAGGCUCCGACCCUCGCGUGGCGACCUGUCGUGGUCGUCUGCAGACACGUCGGUGCCAGCUCAAUCAAGAGAUCAACAAGGAACUUCGGCUACGAGCAGGCGCUGAAAACCUGUUCAAGGCCACAACAAACAGAAAACUUCGCGAGACAGUUGCCCUCGAGCUGAGUUUCGUCAACUCAAACUUACAACUCCUCAAAGAGCAACUCGCCGAGCUCAAUUCAUCCGUGGAGCUGUACCAGAAUGACAGCAAAGACUGCGUCAUGCCGAUGAUACCCUUGGGUUUGAAGGAGACCAAGGAAGUUGACUUCAGAGAGCCCUUCAAAGAUUUCAUCUUGGAGCACUACAGUGAAGAUGCGGCGGCCUACGAGGACUCCAUAUCAGAUUUCAUGGACAUGAGACAGGCCAUACGCACCCCAGUCCGGUCGACAGCUGGCGUAGCACUGCUUUUCAAGUAUUACAACCAGCUGUACUACAUCGAGCGUCGGUUCUUCCCGCCGGACCGCUCGCUCGGCGUCUACUUCGAGUGGUUCGAUUCGUUAACAGGAGUCCCGUCGUGUCAGCGGACAGUUGCAUUUGAAAAAGCAUGUGUGUUGUUCAAUAUCGCUGGCAUCUACACACAGAUUGGCGCUAAGCAAGAGCGCGCCACGUGCGCGGGGCUGGACGGCGCGGUGGACGCGCUGCUGCGCGCGGCGGGCGCGCUGCGCUACAUCCACGAGAACUUCACCAACGCGCCCUCCGUCGACCUCGCCGCCGACACGCUGCUCGUGCUCGGCACGCUCAUGACGGCCCAGGCGCGCGAGUGCCUCUUCGAGAAGCUGCAGCUGCAGGCGCGCGACGCGUGCGGCGGCCGCGAGCGCGAGCUGCGCGACGACCUCGACAUGUGCCUCGACCUCGCGCAGGAGAGCGCGCAGCUCGCGCACGUCUACCGACAGCUCUACGAGAAGAUGCAGACGGAAGGCGUAUUCAACUACGUGCCAUACUCGUGGGUGUCGCUCGUCCACGUGAAGACUGAAUUCUACAAGGCGCUGGCGCACCAGUACUGCGCCACGGGGCUGCUGCACGCGCCGCCCGCCGCGCGCGCCGCGCCGCGCCUCGCCGCGCUCUACGCGCCCGCGCUCGCCGCCGACGGUUUUAAAUUCGACGAGGACUUCGACAACACGGCCCUCGGCCGCGCCCACCUGGCCGAGGCGAUGGCGCUGUACGAGGAGGCCCUGCGGCUGCAGAGAAUGUGCCGCGAGCUGCGCAACAAGGAGGCGCUGUCGGCGCUGGUGCUGGCGGCGCGCGAGCGCGCGGGCCGCGAGAGCGCGCCGCCCGCCGACGACUUCGCCGACAUCCUCGACGCGCCCGACAUCCUGCCGUCUUCCAAAUUUCAAUUAGCGCUGACCCCGCCCGACUUCGCCCAGUAUCGCGUCGAGGACCUGUUCAAAUCCCUGGGCCCGAUCGCGGUGUUCUCGGCCAAACGGCACUGGAGCGCGCCGCGACUGAUUCAGCUGCAGAAGCCAUCAGAAAAACGCAGAGAAGCGAGAAGAGACCGACGGAACGGACGGAAGGACGACGAAACGAAGAUCGAGCGACGACAGAGCGACAAGCGAGACAGGUCGGAAGACAACACUACGUACUACAACCAAAUUAUACGAAGCGACGAAAAAUAUUCCGACGAUUACGACAAACAUAGGGUCACGAAACAGAAUGGAGUCUACAUUAACAGCUUCGAUAAUAACUUCGACUAUCAUCCCAAGGUUUUGGACGAUAAGUAUGGAUACAAGGAAAGCUUCAAAGACUAUGGGAAGUCGAAGAAUGGGAAGGAGAGGAUUAAGGGCGAGCUGAGGAGAGUGGCCAGCGAAUACAACGUGACGAAUUCAAAUGAUGACGAAGGCUUCGGGUUCUCUGUGAGGGGAGACGCGCCCGUCAUGAUCGCUGGUGUUGAACCGAACUCUCUGGCUGAUAUCGGAGGCAUGCGCGAGGGAGACUUCAUCAUCUCUAUCGGCGACCGCGACGUGAAGUGGAGCUCGCACGAGGAGGUCGUGCGGCUCAUCCGCGCCGCCCCGCGCGCACUCGCGCUGCGCCUCGCCUCGCCCAUGGACACGCCCGCCCGGGACAAGGCGUCUCCCGAAGUCGCACGCCAGUCGAGCUCCAACCAGGGCUCCGUGUCGGGCGCCUCCAGCGCGUCGAGCGGCUCCACCGCCCUCACGGCGCGCUCGGGCCGCCGCCCCCCCUCCUGGAACCCUUUCAAACGGCACUCGCACGUCCCGCGCGCCGAGCACACCGUGCACAACAACGUCAUGUUCCGCUAGGCCCCGCGGCGAGGGCGCCGCCGCAUCUGCGAGCUGCCGGUCGCAGUUGUGGACGCUUCUUAACGUUGUCCCGACUGAAGUAUGUCGGCUUUAGACUUGAUAUCAGCGAUUCGAGCGUCGUUGCCGCGUAUCAGACUAUACGGUUGGCAACGUUCACAAAAUUUAAUUCCUAGACUGAAUAAAUGGAUAUUUUAAUAUUUACAUGUUAUAAAUGUAUAUCUAUUGAUAAUACUUUUAUUUGAAACUUGGAACAUGUUAUACUUUCGUCCCGUCUCUGUACUGUAAGGUUUAUCGCGGAUGGAAUAGUGAUCGUUUUGACCUAAUGUUUGCAUCUAUUAUAUAUUUAGAUUCUAAAUAUAUAAUUAGGCUAAGGAAUUAAAUAUGGCUAUGACAUUCCAAAGUUUUCAUAACUAUUUAGUAUAUUUAAUUUUCUAUAUAAUAAAAUUUCACUCAUUCCUGUCCGACCGUUGAGCGAACGCAUUUCUGACAUCCGUGAUGGAAUUGAUGACGUAACUAUAAAUAUACGAUAAAACUAUUUCUGUCGUUUUCCUACAAACUAUCAUUAAAAUGUUUAUUAUUUUAAAUAAAAUAUAUUUCAAAUAAAUAAUAAAACAAUAAUGUAUGUAUAAGCUGUUACAAUGUCACGUCAAACGGUUUUACAAUAUAUCGCCAGUCAUGUCGCACUGACAGACGUCAAGCUGCAAUCUCCCCGCGGUCGGACUUGAGUAAAUAAAACAAAAAAAUGUUUGUAGGAAUAUAUCGAUUGGUGCUUUAAUAUUAUUAAACUGUCCACAUGUGUCAUUUCAUUAAUAAUCUUAUUUAUA